GCGGCGUGAGCUUACCGACGAAGCCAGAGUUAGGCUCAGAUCGUCGUUCCGAUAUUUCAGCUCUAGCUAUAAAUACAGUACUCAUCAUUCUUGCGAUGCACAGUUUUUCCAAAGCGAAUCUCAGAAAGAAAGCGAAAUUUCGAAGCAAACACUUUCCUAUCAACCGAUCUCGAUGGCGAAUUCGUACACGCUUCUUCAGAACUUGAGAGCCGGCCGAUGCUCAAACAUUGAACCCAUGACCGUUUCUGAGCUGAACCAGUUUGUCCUCACUGCUGAUCCCCAGAUCAUCGAGUUCCUCUGUACGGCGAAGGUGACUGAGAUACAGCUCGAUGAGGGUUGGAGUUAUAUUGGGUGCUCGGUGUGCUCAAAGAAACUAACCCGUGAGGAGACUUCCUUUUCUUGCGUCCCAUGUAAUGAGACCAAUGCUGUGGCUAAACUCAGGUACCGUGUGAUACUCUCCGUUUCAGAUGCCACUGGCGCAGCAGCAUUCCUUGGUUUCGAUACAGAGAUGUCCAAACUCACACACGUCCUUGCUUCUGAGGCUGCACAGAUUGUGGGGAUAGGAACUAAUGCUCAGGUGGACGUUGUGCUGCCUCGCCCACUCGCUGAUCUUGUGGGAAGAACCUACACUUUCCAGCUCAAGCUCAAGGAUUUCAACUUUACACCUAAUCACCAGACUUUUACCAUCUCUCGCAUUUUUCCUCAGCGUGAGCUUGCACCCAAUCCCACGUUUGCUGAGGAAGAUGUUGAGGUCAUCGAACCUGCAAUCCCUCAGUCUGCGGCAGAAAGAUCAGGUGACAAAGAUGCUACCACGUCCAACGUUGCAGAGCAAUUAACCGUGGCAACAGAUGAUUUGUAGCAUGUAUCACUAACAACCACGACGAGCCUUUGUCAUUUUCUGUUUCCUGCAUCUUUUAGUUCGUUUAUGUUGGCUUUUUUUUUUAAUGAAUUUAAAACUAUGAGUCGUGGUUGUUAUUCCUUUUAUAUAAGCAACUUUGUUUCUUU